AUGUCGUCCGGCGCGUCGCCCGGCGGUCAAGCCCCCCCCGACGGCGCGGAGGCGAAGUACAACAUGAAGAACCCCGCGGUGAAGCGCAUCGCGCAGGAGAUGCGAGAGAUGUCCCGCGACGUCGACCCGUGCUACCACGCGGAGGCGGUCGAGGACGACAUCUUCGAGUGGCACUUCGCCAUCUUAGGCCCCGAGGACACCGAGUUCGAGGGCGGCAUCUACCAUGGCCGGAUCCUCCUCCCGCCGGAGUACCCGUUCAAGCCGCCGUCGUUCAUGCUGCUGACCCCCUCCGGACGCUUCGAGACGAACGCGAAGAUUUGCCUCUCGAUAUCCAGCCACCACCCGGAGCACUGGCAGCCGUCGUGGAGCGUGCGCACCGCGCUGCUGGCGGUGCGGUCGUUCAUGCCGACGGCGCCGGAGGGCGCGGUCGGGUCGUUGGACUACCCCGCGGACGAGCGACGGGAGCUCGCGGCGGCGAGUCGCGAGCGGCCGCCGGAGUUUGGGAACAGCGAGUCGCGACGCGCGCUGAUCGCGGAGGUGCACGCGAAGAUGCUGACG